AUGAGUCGGACGGAGGCCGAUUUGGCCAUAAACAUCCGCAAGGCUACUAGCAUUGAGGAAACCGCCCCUAAACGAAAACACGUGCGGAGUUGUAUUGUCUACACAUGGGAUCAUAAGUCUUCAGCAGCCUUUUGGGCGGGUAUGAAAGUCCAGCCCGUCCUCGCUGAUGAGGUUCAGACGUUCAAGGCUCUCUUCACCAUUCACAAGGUUCUUCAAGAAGGCCACCCCAUUGUGGUACGAGAGGCUCAACAGCACUCCACUUGGAUAGAUAGUCUGAUGCGAGGAGUUGGGGGCGAUGGUAUCAGAGGAUAUGCUCCACUGAUCCGAGAAUAUGUCUACUUCCUCGAGUCUAAGUUGUCCUUCCACCGGAACCACCCCGAAUUCAAUGGAUUGUUCGAGUACGAGGAGUAUAUCAGCUUGAAGACAAUCAAUGACCCGAAUGAAGGUUAUGAGACGAUUUCCGACCUUAUGGCUUUGCAGGACCAAAUCGAUGCUUUUCAGAAAUUGAUCUUUUCGCAUUUUCAGUCUGGUACUAAUAACGAGUGCCGUAUCUCCGCGCUUGUGCCGCUCGUGCAAGAAAGUUAUGGUAUCUACAAAUUCAUCACCAGCAUGCUGAGAGCCAUGCACACAACAACCGGUGAUGAUGAUGCCCUCGAACCACUUCGUGGCCGCUACGAUGCUCAGCACUAUCGUUUGGUUCGGUUCUACUAUGAAUGUUCCAAUUUGCGAUACCUGACCAGUUUAAUUACUAUUCCCAAAUUACCGCAAGACCCGCCAAGUCUCCUAGGAGACGAUGAAGAACGCCCAGCUCUGCCUCGCCGACCGGCCAGAGAGGUUGAAGCUCAGCCGUCGCCGCCUCCUAAGGUUACUGCCGCCGAGCCAGAGCCCAUCAACGAUUUCUGGACUACUGAGGCCAAACGCCAGCAAGAAGAGUAUGAAGCUGAACAAGCACGUCUUCAGCAACAAUGGGAGGAGCAGCAAAGGCAACAGAUGCAUGCUCAACAGAAAGCUCAACAGGACUUCGAGGAGCAGCAGCGUUUGCAGGCAGAACAGCAGCGACUCGCACAUGAGCAGCUGCUUAAAGAUCAAUACUCAACGCAUACCCAGGGUCGACUGGCAGAGCUGGAACAAGAAAACCUGAAUGCUCGUGCUCAGUAUGAGCGGGAUCAACUGAUGUUGCAGCAGUACGAUCGCCGUGUUAAGGAUUUGGAGGAGCAAAUGAACCAAUUAAACUCAAACCUUAACAUGCAGAGUGCCUCAAAGGAUGAGCAGAUCCGCUCGUUACAGGAGCAGGUGAACACGUGGCGAUCGAAGUAUGAGGCCUUGGCCAAACUUUACUCGCAGUUGCGCCAGGAGCAUUUGGACCUACUGCAAACGACUAAGAGUCUUAAACUCAAAGCAGCUUCAGCGCAAGAGGCUAUUGACCGCCGCGAGAAGCUGGAGCGUGAGCUCAAGACCAAAAACCUUGAACUGGCUGAUAUGAUACGUGAACGUGACCGAGCUAUGCAUGAUCGGGAUCGUCUCACUGGUACAAACAAAGAUGAACUGGAGAAGAUCAAGCGUGAGCUUCGGAUGGCACUUGAUCGUGCCGAAAAUGCGGAGCGUUCCAAAGGCACAGAGAUUUCUACCAUGUUAUCCAAAUAUAACCGUGAAAUGGCCGAUCUCGAAGAGGCUCUCAGACAUAAAAAUCGGGCUCUUGAUGAGCUUUCCAAUAACAAAUCGGAGUGGGAUGGAGACCAUGCACUCACUUUGCGUGAGAAAGAUGAAGAGAUUGAGGUGUACAAAUCUGGCAUGGAACAGGCUCUCAUGGAGUUGGAAGAGUUGAAGUUGAAUCAAGGUGACACCGACCACGCAUUGGAUAGCCAAAUUGACACGGUGCUCCAUGGUACCGUGGCCAAGAUCAACGACAUCAUUGAUUCUGUCCUACAAGCUGGUGUUCAACGUGUAGAUGAUUCACUGUAUGAGCUUGACUCUUCUAUGCAAGCCGGUAACCAGAACGCAUCGCCUGCCUAUGUCUUGUCUCAAAUUGAGAAGGCUUCAGCUUCAGCCACCGAGUUCUCGACAGCCUUCAACAAUUUUAUCGCAGAUGGCCCGAACAGCCCGCAUGCUGAGAUCAUUCGCACGGUGUCCGUAUUCUCGGGCUCUAUUGCAGACACACUCAGCAAUACAAAGGGUCUAUCUCGCUUCGCCAAUGACGACAAGAGCUCCGACCAACUGUUCAAUGCGGCCCGUAAAUCGGCCCAGGCUACUGUGCGGUUUUUCCGUGGCCUCCAAUCCUUCCGUCUUGAAGGCAUGGAGCCGUUACAAAAGACCGAUGUUGUCAUCAAUAACAACUUGGAAGUGCAGCGAGACCUUCAGUCUCUUUCCAAGAUGGUAGAGUCAUUCACCCCCAAGAGUAGCAAAAUCACCACCAACGGCGACUUGGGCGAUUUGGUGGACCAGGAGCUAAACCGGGCUGCUGAUGCGAUUGAAGCAGCUGCCCAGCGCCUGGCUAAGCUCAAGAACAAACCUCGUGAUGGGUUCUCGACAUAUGAGUUGCGAAUUAAUGACGCGAUCUUGGCAGCCGCCAUUGCUGUGACCAAUGCAAUUGCGGAGCUGAUCAAGGCUGCGACUGAGACUCAGCAGGAAAUUGUGCGGGAAGGCCGAGGUAGUUCAUCUCGUACAGCUUUCUACAAGAAAAACAAUCGCUGGACCGAAGGUUUGAUCUCUGCUGCUAAGGCGGUUGCUGCUUCGACCAAUACCUUGAUUGAAACUGCCGACGGUGUAAUUUCAGGCCGUAACUCACCUGAGCAGUUGAUUGUUGCCUCCAACGAUGUUGCUGCCAGUACCGCACAGCUGGUGGCUGCUAGUCGAGUUAAGGCUACCUUCAUGAGUAAAACCCAAGAUCGUCUCGAGACUGCCAGCAAAGCUGUUGGUGCUGCAUGCCGUGCCCUGGUGCGCCAGGUUCAGGAUAUCAUCAAGGAGAAGCACCGCGACGACCACGAUGCUGAGGAUUACACGACACUGAGCUCGCAUGAGUUCAAGGUGCGCGAGAUGGAGCAACAAGUCGAAAUUCUUCAACUGGAGAACAAUCUGGCUCGUGCACGCACUCGCCUGGGCGAAAUGCGCAAGAUUUCUUAUCAAGAGGAAUAA